CCGUGGUAUGCACCGAAAGCCGCGCUGGAAGCUCCAGGAGAAGGAGUGCCCUCUGGGAGUCAGCAGGGAGACCCCGAGGGGCACGAGCCAGCGGAAGGCUGCGCAUGAGGAGCCUGCAGCCAGCUGCAUGCGCCCGGUCUGCCUCCCCUCGGCCUCUCUGGCUAAAGCCUCAUCUCGCAAGGCUUUCGGGGUCCUUUCUCCAAAUGUUCUGUGCAGCAUGAGUGGGAAGAACCCGCUGGAGAGCUUGAAGGUCACGGCCAAGAAGAAUGCCGCGUCGGCCACGAUCCACCAGGGUGAGGACGGGGGCGGGCCGCUUGAUAUCUGGGCUGUCGUGAAACCUGGAAAUACCAAGGAGAAAAUCGCCUUCUUUGCGGCCCACCAGUGUAGCAGUAGGGUAGGAUCGAUGAAAAUCAAAAGCUCCUGGGAUAUUGACGGGAGAGCUACCAAAAGAAGGAAAAAGUCAGGGGAUCUUAAAAAAGCCAAGAUCCAGUUAGAUAGGAUGAGGGACGGCAACGGCAAGAGCUGCCAACCCGAGCCUUUUGCGUGUGGCAUCGAGCACUGCUCUGUGCAUUACGUGAGCGAUGCUGGGGACGGAGUGUACGCCGGGAGGCCGCUGUCGGUUAUCCAGAUGGUGGCCUUGCUGGAGCAGAGAGCCAGUGCCCUGCUGGCCAGCUGCGCGAAGACCUGCGCCAACUCCUCUGCCCUCGUGAGGCUUUCCGGCCCAGCCAGAGCCGGGGCCCCCGCACCCGAGCCCUGCUCUGCCCCGGGAGCUUGUGAAGAACCCGCGGAAAAGGCACAUCCCGAGGUUAGCGAAUCACAGAGCGAACCAGUCCGUGUCCUUGACAUGGUCGCCAGGCUGGAGUCUGAGUGCUUGAAGCAGCAGAGCCAGCGGGAGCCCGGCAGCCUCUCGAGGAACAACAGCUUCCGUCGGAAUGUGGGCAGGGUGCUGCUUGCAAACGGUGCCCAGGCGGACCAAGACAAGACAGACGGAAGUGCCCCGGGAGCACCCGGCACUCAGCUGACGCCUGCGCGGUCUGUGUCUGUGGACUGCGGCCCCUCGAGAGCUGGCCAUUGUUCCCCCCGGGGCGACCAGGCCUGGGACUGCGCCCCUCCAGGCUGUCCCUCGGCGCCCGCCAGCGUGGGAUCAGAGCCAGGUCAGCCGAGUGCUGUGAAGAACAGCGACAGGUGUGAUGUGGAAAUGACAGAGGAACUGGCGAGGUCUCCCUUCCCUUCCCACACCUGUCCCCAGGCCGCUGAGCUGCCCCGAGCCGCUGCUGGGUGUGUGAGUGGCGAGCUCGUGCCCCUUAGCCGUCAGAGCCCUGAGCCGAGAAGGAGGGAGUCUCCGUGCGUUAGCGUCACCGUGGCCACGGUGGAGACGCGCCAGCCUUCGCCUGCCGCCCGUGAAGACCCCCUUCCAGGGAUGCUGUUCUUUUUGCCACCUGCUCAGCACCAGUCACACUGCGGCUCCCUGAGUGAAAGCACAGCACGAGAGCCAUCGGAGGCCCGCCGGCCGGAAGCCACUGCCCGAGCGCCUGCUCCCGCCACGGCGGGCGAGCCCCCGGCCUCUCCGCUGCAGACUGCGCCGCCGGCCCCGGAGGCCUCCGCCUGCAAGAAGCAGGUGUCCCGUGACUUUCUGGAGGCCAGGUUCAAAAUCCAGCAGCUUCUGGAGCCUCAGCAGUACAUGGCUUUCCUGCCCCACCACAUUAUGGUGAAAAUCUUCAGGUUGCUUCCCACCAGGAGUUUAGUGGCUCUUAAGUGUACCUGCUGCUAUUUCAAGUUUAUCAUCGAGUACUACAACAUCAGGCCAGCAGACUCUCGCUGGGUUCGAGACCCACGCUACAGAGAGGAUCCCUGCAAGCAGUGCAAGAAGAAGUACGUGAAAGGGGACGUGUCCCUGUGCCGCUGGCACCCCAAGCCCUACUGCCAGGCCUUGCCCUAUGGGCCAGGGUAUUGGAUGUGCUGCCACCGGUCUCAGAAGGGCUUCCCUGGCUGUAAGCUGGGGCUUCACGACAAUCACUGGGUCCCUGCCUGCCACAGCUUCAACCGGGCAAUUCACAAGAAAGCAAAGGGGACGGAAGCCGAGGAGGAAUACUGAAGGCCCGAGAGGCGGCAGCAGGACCGGUUCGUAAAGCCGCAGAGCACCUACCUAGGCACUGCUCUAGGGAGCCCCGCCGUCGGGCCCGCCAUUGCUCAGGCAUUUUCCGAAUCGCCACCUGCAAGCCCUGCGAGAAAACCGGCCCGUUCCUGAGGCGCCUCACACGUGACCCGCGCCGGUGCCCGUGGCUCAGUCCACUUGGCUGUGAAUAACUGUGUGUCUCCCCAGACCCGUGCAUCCUCGGACGGGGAAGACUCACGCCAUUAAGGAUGCUCAGAAGAGCCCACUGCAGACUGCAGGCAGGCCCCAAAAAGGGCUUCCAGAAUGUUUGAGCGUUGGCGUCGUAUUUGAAAUAAUGGAAUGAUGUCCUGUGGGAGGAGCGGCCUCCUGGAUGAACAGUGUGCUCCGGAAGGGAGGCCAGCACCUUCCUGGGACCUCGUAUGCCUGAUCCUGAGAGAUGGGUGUUUGCGGUGGGAGGUGGAUGUCGUGCCCUGUGUGUUUACAGUGUAUAUAAUGGUUGUGUUUUCACGGGGCUGUGAAAGUGCACAUGAAACCCGAGCGCCUUGACCUUGUAGCUGAGUGCUUUGCCCUCUGUAAAUAGCACGGUGAAAGUCCAGUUGUAAAUAACAGACAGCUGACUAAACUCGUAAUCACCACAAUGCAGCUAGGAUAGUGUUGCGGCUCUGAUUGUGUGAUUUUUUUUUUACUGUCUUGUCUCAAAUUUGUACAUCUGUGUAAAAUAUGAAUGUUGCCCAAAUAAACUAUGAAUGUUCCCUGUAUAAUAUAUGAAUGUUUCUGAGAAGAAACUCUAAAUAGUUAAGGAGUGAAUCUAUUCAAAGGAUACCAAAUAAUGGUUCAACUGGACAACCUUCAAAUUAGCAUAGAGAACAAUCCUGUUAUAUUUUAGUGGUCCACCAAGAAUGAGAGAAUAUUAUAUAGUCAGAUUAUAAACAUUCUGGUCUACUUUAUUCUUUGGUUGCAAAUUUUUUUUAAACUUCAAUAAAAACAUGCAUUUUAAAGGGGA